CUGUUUAAAUUGCCUGUAUACUUUUUGAUGAGCAACCAGUUCGACGAGGAGAAGCAGGCGCUUAGCUUUAACUUCCAGCUCCGUACAUUUUCACAUUUUGAGGUUGCGGUAGCAGCGUUCUACUCACCCAUACAUUAAACAUCAUGUUGCGUAAGUUUCCAUGCCCGUUCUUGACCAGGCUUUCAAAGCCCUACAAACGUCAUCAUGGACAAAUGUUGGUGAAGAAUUACGCCGAAAUUUGCCCAGUGGCAUCUCGCAUGGUAACCACUACUGGGACCACUCCGAACGAAGGUCGCGCAGUUGGGGUAACUUCUCAAUGUCCCUUCCAGGAAAGCGAUGGCAACAACGUCACCAAGACAACCACUCCAAUCAUAGAUCUUGAUUUAAUCAAUCUUACCAAUACCAAACCUUCGAUUAAAAUCAACCCAACAACCGAAGGAUUCUUUCCCUACGAAGACUUUUUCCGUGAUCAGAUUUCUAAGAAGAAGCAAGAUCACUCUUAUCGCGUGUUCAAACGUGUUUUACGUGAUGCCGAAAGUUUCCCAUUCGCUAAAGAAUACUCGUGGGGUGAAAAAGACAUCACCGUCUGGUGCUCCAAUGACUACCUGGGCAUGUCGGCUCAUCCCCAAGUCAAAAACGCUAUCAAGGAUGCGGCUGAAAAACACGGAGCAGGAGCUGGCGGUACUCGCAAUAUUUCCGGCAACACUUUGCUUCAUGAAGCUCUAGAAACGGAACUAGCCAGUUUGCACGAGAAAGAGGCUGCCCUCGUAUUUUCAUCUUGCUAUGUAGCCAACGAUUCUACGCUGUUUACACUAGCUAAAGCUCUUCCUGGCUGCCAUAUCUUCUCGGAUGCGGGCAACCAUGCAUCGAUGAUCCAAGGAAUCCGAAACAGUGGUGUUCCGCGGCACAUCUUCCGGCACAACGACCCCAUUCACCUGCGCCAGUUGUUGGAGAAAGUAGAUCCGACUGUGCCGAAGAUCGUGGCUUUUGAGACGGUUCACUCGAUGACGGGGGCCAUCUGUCCGUUGGCGGAACUUUGCGAAGUCUCGCACGAAUUUGGAGCGCUCACUUUCGUUGAUGAAGUUCACGCCGUCGGACUUUACGGCAAGGAAGGCGCCGGAAUCGGCCAGAGAGAUGGUGUUCUCUCUCAAAUGGACGUUAUUUCCGGCACUUUAGGCAAAGCGUUUGGUAAUUUUGGUGGAUACAUCGCCGGUUCUGCCAAUCUGGUGGAUAUGGUGCGUAGCUAUGCCGCUGGCUUCAUUUUUACUAUCCUCCCACCUACUGUCCUGAGCGGAGCACUUGAGACUGUGCGUAUUCUACGUACGGAAGAAGGUAGACAACUGCGCGAACUGCAUCAGUUCAAUGUUCGUUAUUUGCGCACCAAGUUGAUGGAAGCUGGAAUCUCCGUUGAACAUACUCCUUCGCACAUCAUCCCCGUUUUCGUCGGUGAUCCGGAACGUUCAACGCUACUAUCCGAUGAAUUACUUCGAGUUCAUGGCCACUACGUUCAGGCAAUUAACUAUCCGACAGUGCCGAGAGGCCAAGAGAAAUUGCGCAUUUCUCCAACUCCGCAUCACACCGUAGAGAUGAUGAAUCGUUUUGUCGAAGAUAUGGUCGACAUUUGGAAAAGUGUUGGGCUCCCCAUCAAAAGCAAUAAAUGCGGAACGACUUGUACCAUCUGCAGAAAGAACUUUCAAUCGAGUAACAACAAACUGGAUUCGUUAAUGUCCAUGCUGAAUCAGAGUUGCCGGUUGCCCAAUUGCCCACAGGCAGUUGCCAUCUGAUUUCGAACUUAAUCUCGGUCUGACGGAGGGUGCUACAAAGAAGCUGAAACGUGCUAACUCUACACUUGAAAGGAGCUUUAAAUUUUUUACUGGGAUAGACUCACGUGACUUUGCAAACGCCAUUGGUUUAAUAACAUGAUAUGCCUUAACUUUAUCUUGACCCCUCGCAGACCCCCGUUCAGUUUCCCACGAGAGUUGUUUGAAAUGAUGUGUAGAGCUGUCGAAUUGGAAUUUUAGGUUUAUCGGGAUUUCUUUAGAUCUCUGCAUUUAAAGCUUUAGAUGAUAUACCUACUCUAUUAGCGUAAUACAACUUCAGCUGUAUCGACA